AUGCCAUAUGCUUUACCAGCCACGCGAAACCCAGCGGCUGCGCAAGGACAAUUGUCCACUUCGAUUCCAAGUGAGUAUCUUUUCUUCAAAGACUGACUGAGUUCCAUUAAGAAAUGAUAUUGCGAAAAUUCUUUUCUAUUGUAUUCCCAUGUAUUAAAAAAUUAUCAAUUUCUUUUUGAUUUGUAGCCUUCUACGUGCGAGAUGUUUUACCAUCCACGCAAACCCCGGCGGCUGUGCCUGGACAAUUGUCUACUUCAACUCCAAGUGAGUAUCUUUUCCUAAAAGACUAACUGAGUUCUAUCUUAUUUAAGUAAUGAUACUGAAAUUUUUUUUUCAUUUGUGUUCCCAUGUAUUAUAUUAUUAUUAUAUUAUAUGUAUUGUAGCCUUGUCCACGCCGUAUGUUUUACCAGCCACGCAAAACCCAGCGGCUCCGCCAGAACAAUUCCGGAUUCCAAGUGAGUAUCCUUUCUUAAAAGACUGACUGAGCUCCAUCUUAUUUAAGUAAAGAUAUGGAAAAAUUUUUUUCAAUUGUCUUUUCAUGUAUUAGAUUAUAUCAUUUUCUUUUUGAUUUGUAGCCUUGUCCACGCCAUAUUUACCCGCCACGGUGACAAACGCAGAGUCAGAGACAUCCUCCGUACCAGGUGAUAUUUUUUUACGUAUAACAAUUUCGAAAUAUCCCUCGUGGUAUUUAUGCCAAAUAUCCUUACAAAUCAUGCUAUUACCUAUACAAACAUGGAUUUACAAAGAAAACAGAUCGUACAGGUCCACCGACAUCAGGGUUUCCGUCAUAUUUGGCAUGCUUCUUUGAACAUUCGCUUAACAACGAAUCCACGUAUCCCUUAAUAACGACUUGAGAAGAUAACCAGUUUAGAUGUAUAGGUCUAUAUUGUGGACUUUAUGACUGACUUACACUAGUACUAUUUUCAGGCGUCCAUUUCAUUUCUCGCCACUGUCCGAUGGAUCGCCGUAUGACGCCACAGUUUUGGCUUUCCUGUUCUUGUCGGUGCGAGGAGCAUUUGCCCCCGCACCGAUAGAGACGUAUAAUAAAGGCGAUUUCGCUCUGAGGGAGGAAGCUAAAUCUUGGCCGCUGUUGUGCCACGUAGACAACUCUAGUGGCAAGAUAAACGUGAGUCUUAAAUCACACAUUCUUUUCCAUAGAGUUUCCUUUUUUAAGUUCCGCUUGGUUAAAAAGUGCUUGCUACGCAGGACACACAAUAGUGGAAAAACUGGGUAGAAAAUUGUUCCGAGGUGUAAGGACAUCACAAACAUGCUUUAACUGCCAAUGACUUACAGGUCAAAGGCAUGAAAAAAAUAUGCAUCCAAACGGGCAGGAUGUAAUGAUAAUUCGGUUCAGUUACUGCUCCAUCCAUUCAUUACAAGGCACAAGGUUUGCAUUAGUUAUUUGUCUGAGUGCAUAAUUAUCAAUAAUUCUUUUGCCACUUCUACUGUAAACAUUAAUUCGGGUGACAUGAGAGUAUUUAUAUCCCUAACAAUGAUGCCAUAUGGAUGUCAUUUAUAUACUUUGGUUUAUCGUCUAAGUUUUCUAAAAAAAACUUUAUGCAACAAAAACUUCACAUUUUAUGAUAACAAGUCCUUGCAAGUUUUCAUUCACAGAUGCUGUUCAGUUUAAUUUCCAUUUAUCGCUAACGCUUAAGACAAUGCAAUCUUAUUCCGGUGUUUUUUCUUCUUUUAGACCAACAAACCCCUCAAUUACUUGACAAGUCUUUUCAAGAGGGUUGUGGUGAAAGCUGGGUUCGACCCGAGGAGGAUAACCCACCACUGCAACAGGUCGGUAAGUUCAUUUUCUUUACUAAAACGUGGAGUCAUUACUGCAUGCGGAACCAAUUCGAGGGAAAAUAGUUUUAGUGGAAGAGGAGCCUCUGGUAUGUUUUGAUGGACGAAAGACGUGCUCGCCGACGACUAUCCGGAAAAGGAAAAUUUCCUCUCAAAAACUGGUUAUGAUCUUCCUUUAUUCUUUUCAGGGAUUUGCCACCAUGUUUAUAAUAAAUCGAAUGGUGGAAAACAAUGGGGUCUUCCCGCGGGAAGCAAUCUCCACCCCGUGUCGCCUCGCAGGGUGGAGCGAGAAGAGGGGCACAUGGGCCCUAUACAUUAAAGAAGUAAUGGAGAGGCACUUAGACUCAAGUGCCUAUAUCUACAGGUAAACGCAUGCAUAUGGGAUAUACUUGAAGCGCUUAUACGUGCCAAUUUUGUAUGAAGAAGGGCAAAUGCACGAUUUAUUGAAAUGGCUGAGUCUUGCGCGCGGAUUGGUAAAGGUGGUAGUGCAUUUUUUUCCACUUUCUUCCUUGUCUUGGUGAAAGUGAGACCCCUAUUACCUGUGGAAAGAGCCGCAAUGUGAAGGGACUGAGAAAAAAGUGCUCAGGUCAACUAUCCUCUGGCAUUUCAUCGAAGAUCUAAUCAAUCAAUCAAUCAAUCAAUCAAUCAAUCAAUCAAUCAAUCAAUCAAUCAACCAAUCAAAUCAAUCAAAUUUAUUUAACCACGUAACACCACAAGCUGGUAAUUGAACAUCGACUGUUGUAAUUUUCCUGUUGUGCGAUUCAGAAGCGCGGGGGGUUGAGAGUAAACAUUAAACCUGUUCAAUAGCAUCACAGUUCCUAGCUCAAAAACCAGUCAAUUUUCCUUCUUAAACUUUUAGUUUCGUAUCAUCAUUUUCAAUAUUAUUGGAAACCCAAACCCGGCAAACAUAAAUCAGCUUAUCGGGCCCGAAACGUUGCCAGGACUAUCGAGAAACGGUACCCAAAGUGAAAAGAGAGGUAAACGCAGGAUUAAAUAAAACUUCCAUCAUGAAAAUAGACUCUUGGAGAUACAGUAGAAUCCCCGCUUUAACGACACCUCGUUAUUACCGACAGUUUACUUUUUCCCUGUUGAAAGAAAGCCCUUGCAUUUCUCUCAAUUCAACCUGCAAAAUAUAGACACCCUGUUAAUACGGACACUUUCUGUAGACCCUCCGUGUCCGUGUUAACGGGGUUUGACUGCAGCCCCCAAUGUGAUAAUACUGCAAGACUAGUGCAUAUGUCAUGUCUCCCCGUAAAGGAAAAUCUAGAGUAAUUGAAUUUUUCUUUUUGUGCUAUUAAAUCGCAAGGAGUUCAGAAAUGAUAAGUGUUCAUACUUAAAGAAGAUAAAAACCAGUUACAACUAUCGCCUGGUGUCUCCGGAAAAAAUCUUGUCACCAGGGAAGAUUGCAUAAGUUUUGACCCCGCAUCCUUUCUGGAAUUUGAGAAUUCAUUCAAGGAUGAUGUUUUAAAGGCGACGAUCGGGGAGGCCAACGGGGUAGUGGGGCGGGAUCGGGCUUGUAUGGAGUGUCUACAACGUAAACUCGCUCCUUUGAAGAGAGUUUGAGAACCACCACUGAAGAAGACGACAGAUAAGUAUUUGCGCUCUGGCAUAAUUUGAUAAAUGCAGGCAAACUGUUCCAGAGAUGAGUUCUUAAGUCAGUGAUAAGAUCGUCCUCGCUUGCUUACGUCCACGUCGAAGAUGCGCGGUUACGACAAAGGAAUAUACCAAGAGAGGGUGUUUCCGUACCGAGUUUUUAUUUCACGUUCUUUCGCCAUCGACUCAUGAAUGACUUGUCGAUUAACGUUUUUAAGAUGAUUUCAAUUACUUAGUUUCAAUACAUUUUUUAAUCGAAUCUUAUAAUUGUCUUUUUAAUUGUAUUUAUAGAGAUAUUUUUACUAAACUUUUAUUUUAUAUAAUAUUUUAAUUUUAUUAUAUUUAUUUAUUUAUUUAUUUUUAUUUUUUUGGGUAGGGUGCAUUUCAUCAUAUAUUUCAAUGCUAUUUUGCGCCUAAUAAACUGUAAAUUAUUAUUAUAUCGUGACAUCUUAAAUUCACCAAUAUUUAACCUUUCACCUAUUGCAGGCAUUCAAACAUCCCUUACGCAUCCAAGAAUAUUUGGAAAGAAAUAUGCCCCUUGUAGACAACGACUUAGCUCUGAGGAGGUUUUCCCCGAUGGAUUACGGGCAGCCCCUCACGGAAGCUGUAAUUUGUCCCUACAGUGGUUGCCCGUUCUCCACCGGCGAUGGAGAGGCGAUGAAACGCCAUCAACAGGAGAACAGCAGACACCCUGGAUGGGGGGCGCUACGAAGUCAAACCCGUGGAAAAGAAGUGGAUCUGCCCUAAAGAGGUAUGCGGGGCAUCCUUUUUGGCCAGGGACCAUCCUUACCGUCAUAUGAUGGUCCACUCAAGGCCUCUAGGGCCGCCAAGAGCACCCGCCUAAAGAAGCACAUGGAGGAAAACGGCCAUCACUCGGCGACAAAGGCCGACGGAAGUCAUGCCCAUUGGAAGAGAAAGAGGGGAAGCUCGUUACUGAAGGAGCAAUAGCUCCUCUCCCGGCUUUCCGAUUCAGGCCCCAACCACUCGUAUCCGGAUGUUUCUGAAGACGGCGUUUUGUCCUCCGUUUCAGCCUUCCGUCCACACAACACCGGCGUUUUUGGCCAUUCCUACCUCACAUUUUGAAAAACGGGUUCCCUGAAGGAAGAAUCUUGCAUGAGGAAGCCAUAACACCUAGCAGCUCCCACAAGCUCGUAAUCGAACAUGGAAUGUAUAACUGUAAUUUUAUUGUGGUAUUUCAGAAGUGCACGGGCUUUAGAGUGAUCACUAAACCUUUUCGACAGUUCCUAGCUCAGCCUACGUAAACUUAUAGUUUCAUCUCAUCAUUUUCAAGAUUAUUUCAAAUCCAAAGCCGGCAAACAUCAACUACUUAGCAUACUGGUAAAUAGAGGGGUUAACGCAGAAUGAAAUAGAAAUAGAAAAUAGAUUUGAAGAUAAAAUCAAACCCCAGUUUACAGACACUCGUUCACUUUCCCUCAAUUCAACCUCAGUUUAAUGUGGACUCCUCGUUAAUACUGACACUUUCUGUGGACCCGCAGUGUCCAUGAUAUCGUGGUUUGAUUAUAGCCCCAAUGUGAUAAGACUAUGAGACUGAGGCUUAUGUCAUUUCUCCCCGGAAACGAAAAUAUUGUGUAAUUGAAUUUCUCUUGUUGUGCCAUUGUCAUCGCAGGGAGUUGAGAACCGUGAAAACAUCAUACUUGAAGGCCAUCACAACAAGUUUCAACUACCGCCUCGUUAAACCAGAAAAAAACUUGGUUACAAGAGAGGAAUGCCUUGAAUACGACGCCUCAUCAUUCCUCAAAUUUGAGGAUUCCUUUCCAGACGAGGUGUUGAAAGCAACAAUAGGGGAGGCCAGUGAAGGUAGAUAAAUUAUUCCAUUUCUUAAAAGACAUGUUCGAGAAAUCGAGCGAUCAUGAGUCUUUCACAUCCUAAACUAGAAUAACAGUCUCUUUUCUCUUUACACAUACAGCUCUAAAACGCCUCAAGAGUGCGACCAAUCAAGAGGAAACUUUUAAUGGUAAACAUGAGGAUUACAUUAAAUGGCUUAAAAUUUUUAAGGGUAGUGCGGUCACCUUUAAGGUGCUUUCUCAGUUUCCUUUUUCCUUUUUCAGACCAGAUUCCUGAACUAUGACUUUUAUUUGUUUCCCAUGAAAGUACUUGGAGCCAUACGCAUAGUAAGCGCGGCAGAUACCUAUCGCCGGUCAUUUCAUGUAUAAACCUCUCGGAGCAAAGGAGAGAACCAACAACAAACUCAACCCACAUAUGGCGUCGACGCCAGGAUUCGAACCCGGGCCACAUUGGUGGGAGGCGAGUGCUCUCACCACUGCGCCACCCUUGCUCCCUAAUGUAUUAAGCUUGUCUGAAUCUGAUUCAUACGGUUUAACUCAUGCGAUCACACAGGCACAUUUCUCAAUUCACCGUUUCCUUUUUUCGGAGAUACCAUUACUUUACUAAAAACAGGUGUGGAUGGUGACCUUACUUACCUGACGUUCAAAUGCCUUUAUAAAUUGAUGACUCUCUCGGCUGUCUCCACCUCCUUUUCACACGUUAUGAGGAAUAGUUGGACAUAAACAUUUAAGAUCUAUUGGUUUGACUAUGUGGCUAGAUAUUUAACACUUUUGGCCGUAUUACAUAAGAUCCGAUUGACCCAAUUUUCUUAUCUUUUGAUCAUAGGUUUGAAUCGGGAGAAAUUGGAGACACGUUUAAAAGCAGCAAAGUUGCGUGCAGUGGCUCAGUUUGCCACUGCGCGUAACAAUGAACAUCAUGACCGGCAGUGGGGACUUCCCCAAGCACCAAACCCCAACAAGGAGGUGGGAGUCCUAUAUAAUAUGGGAGAGCAUUCCUCAUAUUUAAUCGGGAAAAUAACGUUCCCUAGAUCCAAGUUCUCAACUUAUUUGGAGGGUCCAUUCAAAUGACUCUUGGACAAUAUAUAUUUGCUAUUGGUGACCUGAAAUGCGACGACGGGGUUGGUAACGAGAACGUCAAAAAAGGAAUACGUUAAGAUGAUCUAAGAUUAGCAAAAUAACAACUUUGCACGUGCAUCACGCUUUUUUGUACAUUUCUUUGCCGUCACAGCACGACUACAACGUGAAAAUGCCUAAUUUUACGAUAGACAAGUUACUACGAAAUUUUCUCUCUCUCUGAACCUGGAUAUGGUUUCUAGGAAUGUAACUCCAGGAGAGUUCGCUUCAAAAUUUGACAAAGUAAGUUAGUGGGAGCUGUCGCGGCGAAGGUUGAAUGAACGCAAAUUCACUCCCUCGGAUCUUAAGGUCCCUAUUGCAAGGGGAGCAGUGUUGUAUGUGCUAAAACGUAAAGGUCGCCCAAAUUUAUAACAGGGAGUUUGAGAAUUACUAAGACUAGAUGACGACAGAUACGCAAUCGCGAUUUGCCAUACUUUGAUGACUGAAGACAAACUAUCCUGGACAUGAAUUCUUUUGUGAUAAAUUGGUUGUCACCUGCUUAUGUCCGAAGUUGCGCAGUUACAACAGAGGAAUGUAAAAAAAAGGGUGUUUUCUUACCGAGGCGGUAUUUCACAAUUUUUGUCCACCGUGACAUCUUAAAUUCACCAGUAUUAAACCUUUCACCUAUUGCAGGCAUUCAAAGAUCCCUUGUCAAUAAAGGAAUAUUUGGAAAGAAAUAUGCCACUAUCAGAAAACGACCUAGUCCUGAGGAGGUUUUCCCCGGUGGAUUACGGGCAGCCCCUCACGGAAGCUGUUAUUUUUCCCUACAAUGGCUGUCCGUUCUCCACCGGCGAUGGAGAGGCGAUGAAACGCCAUCAACAGGAGACCAGGCACCCUGGAUGGGGGCGGUACGAAGAAAAGCCCAUUGACAAGAAGUGGAUCUGCCCUAAAGAGGUAUGCGGGGCAUCCUUUUUGGCCUGGGACCAUCUUUACCACUGCAACAGGUCGGUAAGUUCAUUUUCUUUACCAAAACGUGGAGUCAUUACUGCAUGCGGAACCAAUUCGAGGGAAAAUAGUUUUAGUGGAAGAGGAGCCUCUGGUAUAUUUUGAUGGACGAAAGACGUGUUCGCCAACGACUCUAGUACGGAAAAGGAAUCUUGCCUCUCAAAAACUGGUUAUGAUCUUCCUUUAUUCUUUUCAGGGAUUUGCCACUACCUUUAUUAUUAACCAAAUGAUUGAAAAUGAUGGGGUCUUCCCUAGAGAGGCCAUCUCCACCCUGUGUCGCCUCGCAGGGUGGAGCGAGAAGGGGGGCACAUGGGCCCUAUACAUUAAAGAAGUAAUGGAGUGGCACUUAGACUCAAGUGCCUACAUCUACAGGUAAAAGCAUGCAUAUGGGGUAUACUUGAAUCGCUUAUAUGUGCCAAUUUUGUAUGAAGAAGGGCAAAUGCACGAUUUAUUGAAAUAGCUGGGUCUGGGUCGCGCUGAUUGAUCAAGGUGGUAGUGCAUUUUUUUCCACUUUCUUCCUUGUCUUGGUGAAAGUGAGACCUCUGCGGCUUGUGGAAAGAGUCUCAAGGUGAAGGGCCUGAGAAAAAAGGGCUCAGGUCAUCUAUCCUCAGGCAAGCAGUCGAAGAUCUAAUCAUUAUAUCAAUCAAAUUAAUCAAUCAAGAACUUUAAAUCUCAAACAACAAUAAAAGUAGGAAGAAAAGAAUAAACAUGUACUCCAUUUUUCUCCUUUGACCGAGGGAUCACCGCACGACGUUGCCAUUUUGGUCUUUCUUCUCUUGCCGGUGCCAGGGGCAUUUCUCCUCGCACCUUAAGAGGCACACAACAGAGGGGAUUUCAUCCUCCGAGAGGGGGCCAAAUCUUGGCCGCUUUUGUGCCACAUCGACACAUCCAGUGGCAAGACAACGUGAGUCCUAAAUCACACAUUCUUUCCUAUAGUGUUUCUUUUUGGCACUUGGUUGAAUAGCGCUUGUUAUGCAGAACACACCACAAUGGAAAUAGGGAAGAAAGUUGUCCGGAUGUAUGACGACAACAGGAAUGUACUUUAUUUGCAAAUAGUUUACAUAUCUUACCGAAGAAAAAAACAUGCAACCAAACAGGAUGGAAUGAUAAUGUAACUGCUCCAUCCAUUCAUUACAAGGCACAAGCUUAAUUUUCAACCUUAUUGUUUGUCUGAGGACAUAAUUAUCAAUAAUUCUUUUAGGACUUCUACUGUAAGUAAUUAGUUGCUUGUAAACAGGAAUUCGGGUAAUAUGAGAGUAUUUAUAUCUAUCAAGGAUUCUAUAUGGAUAGCAUUUAAAUACUUAUUUAUCGUCUAUGUUUUCUACAAAACUUUAAGCAACGGAAACUUCACACUUUAUAGUAACAAAUCCUUAGAAGUUUUUACUUCCAGAUGCCGUUAAUUUUAAAUUCCUCUAGCACUACCGCUUAAGAUAAUGCAAUCUUUUCUCGGUGUUUUUUCUUCUUUUAGAACAAAAGACCACUCAAAGAUCUCACCAGCCCUUUAAAAAAAGUGGUUAUCAAGGUCGGGUUUGACAUGUGGAGAAUUACCCACCACUGCAACAGGUCGGUCAGUCAGAACUGCAUGCAGAACCAAAUCGAGGGAAAAUAGUUAUGGUGGAAGAGGAGCCUCCCGAAUGUUUUGAUGAACGAAAGACGUCAGUGCUCGGCGACGAGUAUCCGGAAAAGAAAACUUGCCUCUAAAAAACUAGUAGUGCCCUUUUUAAAUUCUUUUCAGCGUUUUGCCACUACAUUCAUCAUAAAUCAGAUGACAAUGGUGUUUUUCCGCCCGAGGCCAUCUCCACCCUGUGUCACCUCGCAGUGGUGUCAAAUAGAUUUUAUCAAGGCAGCUCUUAGUUAAUUUACUUGCUAUAGCAUUUCCUAUCAUUUUGAUUCCUUCAUGUCUGUAUUUUCCUUCUAUGAAGUUGCAUUAUAUUAGUCCCCUAAUGUUUACUUUAUUAUGCUUACUCGUAGUAGGUCCACAUCAGCCCUUUGGCUGCCUUCCUUCUCCAACAUACUUAUCAAAAAAGUAAGUAUUUAUGCAAGUCCUCCUACAAUCAAAUCGUUUGCAACGCAUGAGAUCCGUAAUUUGAGCCCACAAGGCAUAUACAGUGUAUAUUUUACGGAGGGAAUGUUGUUGUUGUUGGAACUCUCUGUAGGACUCAGGCAUCGAAGCCAGUCUUUAAAAACCUUGCUCUUUUUUUAUCCAUCCGUCGCUACCCUGAGCUAUUUGGAAUGAACAUGGGACCACUUGGGUCUUUUACAUCAAAGAAAUUAUGAAAAGCCACUUGAAUUAUAGUGCAUACCUUUACAAGGAAAAGUGCACACACCAGGUACAUUUGAUCUGUUUAAAUCAAAAAAUACACAAAGAAAAAUCCAUCUUUGAGCAAAGAGACAUGAGUCAACGAUUCGAAAUUGCCUGACAGACAGCUUUAAGUAAGUUGGCACGAUGACUAAUUAUAACCAGCGAAUUUUGCCUUUUUGAUAAAAUGCACCAGAUAACAGCAAGAAAAAAGGAUCGAGCCAACAACUGCUCAAUUUGCACCCCAAGAAAAGUCGAAAGGCACAUUUAUGACAGUGGCAUUAUUGCCUCAGUCAGAGGUUUCUGAAAUUCCCUGCCGUUUUCCUGACAAAUGCAAAAAUUUCCUGAGCAACUGAAUAAGCGGUUUCAAAAAAUUAGUCCUGAUAAUGAACUCAACGGAACCGUUACCUCACAGCCACUCUCUCCACCCAUAAAUUUACGCUUUUAGCAAGUCACGUGCAGUGUAAAAUUAAUGAAUUGAUAGUUCCUUAACAAAACUUGUUCAAUUUUAUGAACAACAUUCGAACAAUACAAUGUGAUUCAUGUCCGUAAAAUGAACAAAAGAACUUUAAAUGUCAAACAACAAUAAAAGUAGAGAGAAAAGAAUAAAUAUGUACUCGUCAAAUUUUACUUUUCCCUGACUACCUUCAAAGAAUUAAAUUUUCCCUGACUCGAAGUGAAAUUCCCUGACUUUUCCCUGAGCUUGAAGAAUUUUUUCCCUGACCAUUUCCUGACCUGUGGCAACCACAAGUGGGAAUUACCACAAGACCUGAAUACCGACAACACACUGUACCAGCCGUAUUCAACGUUAAAAUAUAUUCUCCAAAGUAUUGUAGUAUACACCAUUUAAACCUUCCCGCUAACACUAUAAAGGGCCAUUCAUUUAACUUUCGCGGGUUCAGAAGGUUGAUCUGGUUUGUGCAUUUUUUCAAGCCUUCUGGGGAGAGAUUUUUUCCCUUGAAUCUUAUCUAAUACGUACAGGACAACAAUUACUAUUCCUUGCCAGAAGCAAGUGAUUUGUUGCUCGGUUCAUUUCCCGUACUGGAAUAUUGUCAGCCUUCUGAAACAGUACAUAAGAUAAGAUGUCUGUCCCCUCACUUCCCACCAAAUAUGUCAGAAUAUAAAGAACCGUUAACAACUCAACAUCAUGACGAAGAAUAGUAAAAAUCACGAUGAAUCCCCAGACAAACAUUAUACAUUCUUUAAGACCUCUGGAAGUUCAGGAACUAAAAAACAGAGCCCACGCCAAAAGCCCUCCGAGAACAAGAAAUUUCUUUCAACAUCUCUCAAACCCUUUCGGAACGUUUCCGUCCAUUAGACAAAAACGUCUACUAAAAGCUCACACAGAUACGGUGCGUGCGAAAGCAAAAGCUAAAGAGAAGCGACUUUUCAACCACUUUUUGCAAAGUCAAAGCUCACUGGUUAAAAAACUCGACAAGAAGUCUGAAGACACACAUAGUGCACAGCUCAAAACAGUCUCUGUUAUGAAAAAGAAAAUUGCCUUAGCUGACUGUAAAUACAGGUCAGAUGGCACGCAGGACUGCGCGGGCCUCCCUUCCAAAAAGUAUGGACGUAAAACAGUCCAGCACCCAACUCAAUCGCCCCUCACAGGUUUCUGAAACCAGAUGCUGCAACAGUUGUACGUAUCGUAGUGGUGCCAAGAAAAUGAUCAUGAUAAAGAGACAGAAACAAGAGUACCAAUGGCAAAGUGAUGCCAGUAAAACAGAAACAGUCCAUUCUGAAAAAGAAGCAAGUCUUUCAAAUUGA